AUGAUGUGCAACUCAGUCUUCGAACCUCCCACCCUCCUCCGCAACCCUCUUCACAAUGCACCUUACAACCUAACACUCGCAAUUGCCGCAUCCACUUCCUCCACUUCGGUCUGGUCCGACAUCUCUUCGUCGCAGCAGUCCGACGACAAUGUUUCAACUGCUGGCUCCUCCGACACCGAUUCCUGCGACUCGUACUGCUUUUCCCAGGCCUCGACCCUGUCCCAAGCCUCGGUGAGCUCGCUUGGGAGCUCUUGCGAACGCGCGAUCAAGCUCCACGAACCUUGGCCCAGGGACCACGUCCAGCUGCAGGCGCCGGCCGAGCUCCCCGCCGAGUUGCGGCAGAAUCCGCGGCGCACAUCCAGCUCUGCCAUCUCGCGCACCGGACGUCCGCCUACGCUGCAGCGGCAGGCCGAUCGCAAGAUCAACUUUGUCGAUAACCUCGUCGAUACAUCGACACACAUCGUCGAGGCUAUCUGGCCGACGUCGUCGGUUGUCCCUCGCAAUGAGAGCGGUAACAGUGCCGUGCUGCCUCUGCGCACCUUCAUCCAGGAGACGCUACGCCGCUCCCGGACCAGCUAUUCCACAUUGCAGGUGGCUCUCUACUACUUGAUCCUGAUUAAGCCUCAUGUGCCGACCCACGAUUUCACCAUGGAGCAGCCCGACGAUCGUCGCGCAUGCCAGGCAAUUCAAUGCGGGCGCCGUAUGUUUCUCGCUGCUCUGAUCUUGGCAUCCAAGUACCUUCAGGAUCGCAACUACUCGGCCCGCGCUUGGAGCAAGAUCUCCGGGCUUAAUACCCUUGAGAUUAAUCAGAACGAAGUAACUUUCCUCCUAGCCGUAAACUGGAAGCUCCACGUCACCGAGGAGGUCUAUAAGCGGUGGGCGGACUGCGUGGUGAAGCUCACUCCGACCCAACCGCCUUCUCCUGGGGGAGCCGCACAGCAACUCUACGAGCGGCAGUGCGACGACUUCCGCCGUGUUGUCCUCAGCUUGAGCCCAGACCUGGACAAUUUGGAGGAAAUCGCCCCUUGGUCCGCGGCUUCGACGCCGACCCACGAGCUUCCUCCAAGAUCGCUGUUUACGCCCCCCACCGAGCGAACCGGCUCGUUCGGGUCCGACAAGAUGGUCAAUCUGUCGCCCAAGUCCCGGGCCGCUCCUGCGGUUAUGGAGCCAGCUCCAUCGACUGCAUUUGCAACCGGGCGCUUAGCUCCGGCGCUGGGGCUCCUGCCCACACCCCGGUUGACCCCACAAACCAGUGGAUUCAGCACUCCUGCAGUGGGUGCUGCUUCCCAUCUCCUCGGCAGAUGCUCUUCGAUGGGCUUCGCCAUGGCCCAAGUUUCAGGCUCGGUAGCCGCCCAGUCCGUGGAUCGCUGGCCGCCUUCGGUAACAUCGUCCCCCGUGAGUUAUUUGACUCGUCGCUCGUCUCUCGCCAAUUCUGUCUCAACCGCGUCCUCGCCCGAGUCCAUGGUUUCGGAUUUGUCCCGGCUCUCACGCUCAUCCUCCAUCUCUUCUGCUUCCUCGGUUUGCGCGCCGUCAUCCAAACUGGAUGUACAGGCGCGAUGCCGGUAUGCGAAGCUGUGCAGUGAGAGGCUGAGCCUGAGACCCACCAUUGCCUCGGUUCCCGAAGACCAGGAAGAGAGUUGCCUGACCGCGUCGCCCGAGUUCCACAUGAUUUCAACGGGGAAGGAACUCUACGAUGGCUCGUUGGAUCUGCCUCUGGCGCGCAGGCAGCGCGAAGUCGAUGAUGCUGCAAGAGCUCUCCAGGAACUGCAGCGUUCCGGCGCUUGCCGGCCCGCGGUGCCGGUCAGGGCUGGGUCCAAGCGGACACGGUCUCUGUCAACAGUGCAGGACGACGUUCGUGAGAUGCUCACGGGUCAUGGCGCUGGUGGCAGCCCGUGGUCCGAGUCGAUGGUUCGUGCCCAAGGCGAGGUGUAUCAGAACAAGAGGCUUUGCUGUGCGGACGAGGCAGCCCGUCAAUUCACGUUCCCUUCGCUCCAUCCCGCUGUGGGUGGUCCGGGUGGCCCGGGGAUGUGGGCGGGGAUCUUGAACUGA